AUGUCGACGGUUAAACAAAACGUGAGCUCGGGAUCCGAAGGGGAUCCUAAAUCCGUUCUGAUCGAUGACAGGAAAAGGAAAAGAAUGCUUUCCAACCGAGAAUCUGCGCGGCGGUCGCGGGCGAGGAAGCAGCAACACCUGGAGGAUCUGACCAAACAAGUGAGCCAGCUGCAGAAAGAUAACAAUGAGAUUACGCAGAGGAUUAACGCAAUCACACAACUCUACCUCCAAAUCUCAUCGCAGAACAAUAUCCUCAGGGCUCAGGAAAUGGAAUUGGAAGAUAGAUUGAAUUCUCUGAAAUCCGUUAUCCGUGAAUGCCAGUCCUUUUGCCCGGAGGCCCUGGACGCUAAGCCUUGGUCCCUCCCUUUCCAAUCCGUGCCAAUAAUAGCUGCUGCUGCAGACAUGUUUUCUUAUUGA